AUGGAGACAGUCAAGCCGAAGACAACUUCCGAAACCCAAACUACUGCCGAGGAUCUUGCCAAAUUCAACGGUAAUGGAACAGUGGACAUUACUCCUGACGUUUGGAGGACACCUAAUAAGCAAUACAAAUCGAAAUACAUCAAGGGCUACCAGCAUAAGGCUACCGGAGUAACUGAAACGGGGAUUCCGUGGAAAGACGACGAAACACUGACGGAGCGUGGACUUGAAUUCCACGAGACGAAAUUGGAGCAGACCUUGAAAAAUUCCCAUUUCGAAUAUCAGUUGAAAGACGCCGACCGCCCUGCCUUUUCAUACAUUUGGCUCCAAAACACAUCAGCUAAGGUCCCUAACUGGGAGGGGAAGGCUGGUUGGACGCCUACUGCCGCCUGGGGUCCUGCGUACUCCCACAUCACACUUGUUCGGGAGAGAGCUCCGGACAGCGAAAAUCCUGGUCCUAACUACCUCCUUGACUGGCGUCAUCCUAAGACAGAAGGGCUUGCCAAGGGUGUUUUUGGUAGCACUCAUCUGACCUUGCGCGCUCACAAAAACGACAAAUAUAACAGCUGGGGUGGUCAUGUUAAUCUGCCAGCCAACUCCACCGCUAUGGCCGCGCAUCCUCUGCUUGUAUCUCGUCCCGGCGACAAGGAAGUCCAGAAACUCUGGUCCGACUUUACAAACCAGGUCUCCCUGCAUUUGAAAGACGAGUUUACGGGGUAUGCCAAAGAGGAUUGGGCUGAGUUCUUGGACCAGCUGAAGGCGGAUGUGAAGGCACUUCUCCAGGAAUACGGCAAGUUCCUGCAAGACAUGGAAAAAACGAUAUAA